CAUCUAAUGUAAUGUUGUAAUGUUACAAUCAAUCAAGGAAGCUUCUGUACAACCUGCAUUGGUUAUAGUAUAUUUUGGUGGUAAUGACUCCAUGCACCCUCACCCUAGUGGCAUAGGCCCCCAUGUUCCCUUGCCUGAGUAUAUCGAAAACAUGAGGAAGAUCGCUCUACAUCUCAAGAGCCUUUCUCCAACGACGCGCAUCAUCUUUCUUAGCAGUCCUCCUAUCAACGAGCAACAAAUUAAGGAAACCCUGAGUGGGAAAUUUGGAAGAGUAAACCGAACACAUGAGGACUGCCGAGUAUAUUCAGAAGCCUGUUUGCAGCUCUGCUACGAGAUGGAUGUGAAUUGCAUUGAUCUUUGGACUGCACUGCAGCAACGAGAUGACUGGUUAACUACUUGCUUCACGGAUGGAAUCCACUUUUCACCAGAGGCGAGCAAGAUUGUUGUUAAAGAAAUUCUGAAGGUCCUGAGAGAAGCAGAAUGGGAACCAAGUCUACACUGGAAAUCAUUGUCCACUGAAUUUUCAGAGGAUUCAUUGUAUGAUCCAAUAGGCCCUGAUGCAAAGACCACUAUUAACGUAUCUGACAUGGAUGUUGAACGACAUAUGCAGUGGGAAUAGCUCUUAAUAUGCCCCCAUUAAUCUCUGCUUAAGCUAUUCAUAUUUGCAGAUUAUAUUAUGCAACCCCUU